UCAACCAUAGCUUGUAACCAUUUAGCUUGGCGUUGCCCAAUCUUCAUUGGUCUGAUGUCGAAGAAGAAGCAUUGCCAGUGUGCACCGCUUUUGACGAAGAAGAAGAAACCAUACAAAUAAGCUUUCGGUAUAGCGCAAUGGCUACGCCUAACGAACGAAGGCUAUCCAUGGCUCAAGUAAAACCACCCAGAAGACCAUCCCAGGCUCAAGAAGAAACUGCCAGAAGAUCAUCGAAGGCUAAAGUAGAAGCUGGCAGAAGGUCAUCCAAGGCUCAAAUAGAAGGUUCCAGAAGGCCAUCCAAGGCACAAGUAGGAGCUUCCAGAAGGUCAUCCAAGGCACAAGUAGAAGCUUCCAGAAGGUCAUCCAAGGCUCAAAUAGAUGCUGCUGCUCAACCAAGAGAUCCAUCCUCCUUCCACGUUGACCCGCAGCAGUAUGUGAGCGCACCCGAGCAAUCGAGACGAGCAUCCAAUAAAUUUACUGCGGUGGAAAUAGUCAACUACAUGAACAAUAUCCGGAAGCCCGAACAGCCGUGGACACCAAAUUCCUCCCCAUUUGCACGAAAUCGUGGCUGGUAUUGGAAACGAUGCUGCGUAUGUCUCUUAAUGCUCGUGAGCAUGCUCACCAUCGCCCUAGCCAUCUAUUUACUUACUGGACCUGCUGGGAAGUGGCUUAUAGAAUCAGAGCAGACGACAGCUCCUACCGAACCAUAUUUGGUGCCACCGAAGGAACGGAGAGGUGUAAACACCAGUGAGGAGUUUGAAACACCUGUCACGACAAACGCAGCCGCAGUUACAGGGGUGGUUACUACGGAGUGUGAAAUGAACGCCACUAUUGACCACUGCCCAUCAAAUAACCGGCAUAGCAGCACCUGGUAUGUGUGUCCUGGAAACGGCAGACCUUGCCAGCCGGCCUGGAAACCUUCCGGCCGAUGCCUCGGUCCUCGGGGCCCGAGGUUCUCGACGCAGAAGCUCUGUGAGCGUAGUUGUUUCAAGAAGGAAGAUCCAUGCCAAACUGGUCCUGAAAGUUGCCCGUGCACGGAGGGCUACCGCGUCUUCAACUACGUCCAUACGAACGACAAGGGUUGCAUCCCCCUGGAGGAAGGACGGUGCCUGGUUAAGAACAUCCGAGGCUACAAAUCGAAAGACGAAUGUCUUAAUCGUUGUCAAGGACAGGCGCCGAGUGAUGCUAUCUGUGACCUGGAAGAAGUGAAUAAUGAACGAUGUACGUGGCGGGACAAGAUUUACCGAUUCUACUAUGACGUCCAGAAAAAAUCCUGCUUGCCUUGGAACGACGACAUUUGCCAGCCUAAUACUUUUUCCACUAUCCAACUCUGCAUGCAGAUGUGCAACUAGCCGCUGUAUGGCAGCUCUACGCAACAUAAUGAGCGUGCGUAGUGACCAAUGUGCUUGUAAAUAUACAGUAAAGAUGCGUAAUGCCAUCCUU